AUGCAACAAGAGCAGCACUAUGCGAAAAAACAAUGGAUGGUAUUCUAAUCCAAGAAAAGAAUGCAAGACUUCUCAGAUCUCGCACUUUACUACUUAAAAAAUGGGUUUGAUCUAAUCUAAGAAUUACUGCGUACUACGUCUAUUAGAUACUUUGAUGAAGCCAAGUAAAACUAUAUUCUUACCUUUGGCCUAUUUAUGUCAUUUACUGUUGUUAUUUCAAUUAUUCUUGGAAUGAUUGUGUUUAAAACAGUCAAGAAAGCUAUUCUGGAUGUAUAAAAUAUGCUGAUUUUGCUACCUCUUGAUGAGUUAGAGUAAUAACAAAGGUAAAAAAUAGAGUCAUUUCUAAAUAAAUGA